AUGCUGAAUGCCAAAAAGCCCGGAAUGCCUAUUACAGCGAUGGCGAAGACCACGCACGCAAUAUUUCUCGAGUCCCUAGCCCAGUUCUCGCACUCACUGGAGCAACUAUGCGACGUGACUGCGGACUGUUUCAUAGCCACCCGCGGUUCUGAUGACUUGAAAAGUCUGUAUGCACGGCAAGUUGCACUCGUGAGCGGGAACAGCCAUGAAAUUUCAAUCUCAGACAUUGAAAAUGUUCUCGAAAUCUACAGCGAUCUCUGGGACGAGGCUGUUGGUUUAUUCGGGGAAAAUUUAUACGAAGCCAUGACGGUCGAAUGGUAUCGCAUACGUGCUAUGGAGUGGUUGAGCUAUGAUGGCUUUGAGCACUCAUGCGAACGCUACAUACGUCGUAUACAGACCAAAAACGGAUGUCACUGGCAUGAUUGGGAUCCAGAGUAUCUCAAUGACGUUGCUUACAUGCUACGGUACUUGGCUCAAUUCCAUGAGGACGCCGACAAUUUUGACUCGUGCAUUUUUUAUUCAGAAGAAUGCAUCCGUAUGCUUAACUACCUGGUCGAAAAGCAUGGAAGUUUUGCUGGAUACCGUCCUCGGGCAGUAGAAGUUCAACUGGAACUUAUCGAGGUGCUGAGUAAACUAGGUCGACUGCAGGAGGCUUCAGAAGUUAGACUGAACGUGGCAGGAUCGGGUUACCUGAGAGAAGUGGUGGACAAUGAUGUCGAGUGUGAAAGUUUGGAGAUAUAG